AUGUUGGUUCGAUCAUCUGGUAUGCAGAUCUCCAUGGCAUCCAGUGCGACAGCUGCGCGCUUGCAGCGGUUUGCGGGCGCCGUGGCGGCCAGAAGGGGGGGGCUACUGAAUGGCGCUGUGAGGAACAUCAGGAUCGACUCCCUGCUGGAGCGCGGAGUGCGGCGUCCGCUGGCUACUUCUCAGUUCACAAGAGCUGGGAAGGACGCGCUGGCGCCAGCUCGACACAUUCUCAGGUGGGCUGGUUGUGAACGCUUGCGGAGGUGCUUUGCUGAGUAUCAAGUAUACCAUGAGCAGUCCAUGCCAGCCGGUGUCGAGGUUGGCAUAAAGCACAUUCUGAGCAGAGCGCUCAUUGACAUGCUCCUGCUUCGCGGGAAUGUGGAGUCAAAUCCUGGACCGCCAGCUACAGACGAGCAGGCGCGGGUUGACGGUUUUGUUGAAGACGACUACUCGUCUGAGGACGAGCCACUGAUUCGCCGCACUACUCUCAGCAAUCCUGCUCGGUCCACACAACCAAGACCAUCGACCGGGGCCACGUCGGAGCUACCCAAUUGGCAGACGGGGUGUGCAAGAAGUAGGAGUCGACAAAGCGGCCAGCGUGGCAGAAGUGGCGUCUCUAGAUUGCCUUCAAAUGACGUACGCCAGGAGCAUACAGGCGAUGUCGGGAACUCGCCCCCGACUGCCAAUCCCGAUGGCGAUCACCGAUCUGCAACCGAGUGGCCAAUUCAGCAGGCUGCUGCUGUGGCCACCGGUCCCACAGCACCGGGAGCAGCUGCUGAAACGGGACAUGGGCAGCGCUCAACCCGAAGCAGGGGGCGUGGUAGGGGCAGAGGAUCGGGGACUCGGAGACAAGCAGGCAGCCGGAAGCAGGGCGUUGGUCGGAAAAGUGGGACGAGUAUCCUGGACACAGCGCUUGCGAGGCCCACGGAUGGGACUGGCAAUCAGCCGGGGUCCGAGGGGGUUGCUAACGCACAGGAUCGAGAGAAUGCGGAAAGGCAAGGGGUUCUUGGAAGAAGAGAGCAGAAUUCGGAGUGCGUCGAAGAGGACACGGAGGAGCGAGCUCAAGAGAGGCACGUUGCUGACGCCCGCUGGAAUGCUGCAAUCAAGAAGGACGCCAAUCUGAAGCCGAAGAGCAAGAAGGACUACAUUCGAGGCCUCAAAACUUACAAGCAUUUCUGUGUCCAACACGGAUAUGGGAGAGACGAUGGUGACUGGGCUCCCGCCAGAUCUGCGGCAGUCCUCAAGAAGCUGGGCGGCAGUACGUUGCCUCUCUGGGCAUCAGGCCCUCGAAUUACGGUGGACAGAAUUGCCUUGGCUGUCGAUCUGGUCGAAAAGCUGAACGAUCAAGAUGAAAUGUCCAUUGGCGUCGUCCAAAACUUCUGCAAGGCACUGCAAUUUUACGCCAUCGUCCAAGACUUCCUCGAGGGUAUACAUACCUCGAGCAUGGACGUGAGAGCCAUCCAUUCGAUGCAAGAGCUUUUGAAGUGUGCAGCUGGCAACACUGCCAACAAGAAGAUUCGCGCAUGUGCAGACCGACAAGAAGGUACAGAAUCGGACGGAUACACCGAGGAAGAGAAGCUCCGCUUAGCGCAGGCUUGGCUUGCGAAGGGGACCAGGUUGGUGUCUGGUGACGCUGAGGGAGAAGACGGUGAUGUUCAUCAGCACACCACCAUGAGAGGAAUGUUCCUGACCUCUCACCAGUUCUGCCUCCGCGGCGAUGAUGCUCGGAGUAUCGACUUGCCUGAUCUGUACUCGAAAACGUACCGGCAUGUCGGGCCGGACGUCCCUUUGUACGUGGGCGGCGUGAGCUACUCGGGGAAGACCAACAAAAACGGGCGUCUGGAGUACUUCGGUGGCAUCCGCCACAUGCAGGUCGAACAGUGUGCGGUUGGGGCGGUCGCCAUGCAGCUUUUUCAGACGUUCCAUUUGUUGGGUGCCGAUGCCCCUGACUUCAGCAGCAGGGAAAGCUGGUACAACUUGCGUCCUCUCUUCUACGAAAAUGAUGACGUCAGCAGGAACGUCACGUACAAUACGCAGCUCAAGCACUUCAAGCAGGCGUACGGCGAGCAGGAGAUUGUAUCCAGCAAGCUUACGCAUGCGCCGCGCGGCGCAUCAGUGCGGCAUGCUGAGAAUAACGGCGGCAAAGAAGCUGAGAGUGCUCGGCUCGGCCGUUGGAUCUACGAUCACUUCCGGACUUCGUACCUGCACCAACUUCCAGUCGGGAUUAUGCUUGUCCAGGCGGGAUUCAAGGACGACCGCAAAGGGUACUUUUUCCCACGUGGUCGGGUGCUCCCCUCAGAGGACGAGUACCCGGGUUUGGCGAAGCAGAUCUUUCCCUGGGCCGACGAGGAGCUGCGGAAGGUGAAGCAGAGGAACCUAACAGGGCCAGCCAGUCAGCGCGACAUCGCCGCGCAAAAGUUCCUGGAGCUGCUCAUCGAGUUGCGGGCGGUGCUGCUGCAAGACGUGGCACUCCUCCAGCGGAUGGGGAGAUACGAGGACCAUCCAAUCAUCUACCACCACUUCUUCGAGGGGGAGGAGUGGGACAGGUUCUGCGACGCUGUAGAAGCGGUGUGCAACGCGCCUGCUCCUCCUCCCGAGCUCGCAAACAUCCCCCCGGAGGUGGUUGCCGUGUUGCAAGAUCAGCAGGUGCAGCUUGCGCGCAUCGAGCGCGAGUCGCAAGCCUCAAGGGAGCGCGAGCAGGCCCUGCAGGGCCAGAUGUCCGCCGUGCUGCGCGUGCUCGAGCGGCUUGUAUGCGCGUUUUCAGGCGCAGACGAGCAGCCAGCGUCGCCGGCCCCGUCGGCCAGACCCGCUGCACAUUCGCCAGUAACCCCCGAGCCUCGGCGGACGACCACAGGGUUUUUUGCCCGCCCUCCGUCGGCGCCUGUCGCGGCCGCUGCAGAAGCGGCUCUUCGAGCCGCUGCUGUGGCAGCACGAGCGGCGGCGGCAACACACGCUGACGCCGAACAAGCCAGUACUCCCCCUCAGAAUGAAAGCGGGUCAACGGGUGACGUGGCAUCCAGACGUGCGACUGAAGCGGGCUCCCUCUCCGCCGACAACGACGAGAUGGAUCUUGAGCCAGAUUUAGGAUCCUUUUCUCGUCCGUCGUCGGCUCCUCUCGCGGCCGCGGCUGAAGCAGCUCUCAAAGCCGCUGCCGAAGCAACACAGGCGGCACCUGCGGCUCACGCGGCAGUUGGUGGGGCCAGCACGCAGAAUCAGGACGCGCUGAGCGACCAGUGUGAUCACGAGACACGUGGUCCAAAGACAAGAUCCUGGAUUACGGAGACCGUCGGGGAAACCGUGGAGCCCGAGACAGGUCCGGAUUCCUUUAUCCCUGGGUGUCCGUCGGCUCCUUCAGUUGCGGGCGCUGAGGAGGCGGCAGUGAGAGCAAGUGCUGCAGCCGCAGCGCAAAAUGCUGACGCGCGACCUGCCGAAGCCCACGUGACGAGCCCGGAGCAGGACGUAGGCUUUAACCCCGCACAAGCUGAAGGGCUGACUUCACAAGGCGCGACGGUUAGAGAGGAGACGGCUGGAGAAGGUAUGGACUACGUUUCCCGUCCUUCGUCGGCUCCUGUCGCGGCCGCGGUUGAGGCGGCCCUCAGAGCCGCUGCCGAAGCAGCUCAAUCUGCUGCCGCGCACGCUGCAGCCGACGCGGCCGUCACCCAGGAUCCGGACGCGUUGAGCGGCCAGGACGACAACGAGGCACGUGAUCCCCAGACAACCGCCCGGAAGACGGUUCAGCCAGAGACAAGUCUGGGCGAAGGGCUCGACUUCGGAGCUUUUGAGCAGGCGACCGACAAGACGACCGUUCAGGAGGGUGGAAUAGAGACGGAGGAAGCGACCGGGGAGGGCUGCCGGCAGCCUCAUUCGGAAGUGGAAGGUGCGGAACAGAGUGGGAACUGUCCAGAGGGCCAUCGAACAGGACCAGGGGAAAGCGAGGGGGGCGGGGAGAGUGGGACGACUUCACAACCUUGCUCGGAAGGAAACGAUAGAGAAGACUCGGGGAGGGAAGCGGGAGCUUUUAGAGGCUUUGGAACAGCAAGCCAAGGCGAUGCCGGGGCUAGCCCAAGUGGCUCGGGAAGUGUCGAUUUAGGGGCUGCCGAUGAGGGAACAAUAGAAGAUGCUUCGGUAGUCCCCGAGUGGGCUUUAAAUUAUAUGAUCGGGAGAAACUACACUUCGGUUGCAGAGGUCUGGCAAGAAUGGGCCUACGGACAAGAGGGGUGCCCCAUGUCUUUGAGACGGAUGGAGGAGCUGUGGGGUACUCGCUGGAGAAGAGGACGGGAAAAUGAAAGCAAACGUCUCUCGAAGUUCCGCAAGAUUAUAAGUUUGGUAGAGAUCGUGUUGAGGCAGAGCAAUGUAGGUGAGGCUGCAGCAGUGCAAGCCGUUGAGAAUAGCAUGAUUGCAUGCGGCAUAGAUCCGGCGCAGCCAUGGAAGUAUUGUGAGUUGCUUCGAGAGUCAAAGGUUGGCAAUCGUGAUGAACAAGAUGAGCCCAAGCGGACAGGAAAACGCCGGAAGAUAUCAAGUCAGUCGGAGUCGAACAGGAAACGCCAAAAGUCCUCAGCUUGA